CCAGGAAAUUGUGGGCUGUAUAACUUAGGAAAUACAUGUUUCAUGAACUCAGGGCUACAGAGUCUGCUAGCUUCAGACCAGCUGGUGAAAUUCUGCCUGGAAGCACUAGUCAUAAGUCCGGAACUACAAGACACGUUAUUAGGAAGGUUUAAGACACUAGUUAUGAAGAUUUGGUCGGGAGAAUAUUCAGUGAUAUACCCCAGAGAUUUUAAAGAUACACUUAGUUUAUAUCACAAUCAGUUUCAAGAUUAUAGACAGCAUGAUUGUCAAGAAUUUUUGGCUCUACUUUUGGAUUCUCUCCAUGAACAACUUUCGACUGUUGAUGAUAUACCUUCUGUACCUCCAGUGUUAGAGAGCUAUAGCGAGAAUGACGAACUGGAAGCUGAUAAAGCCUGGGAUGACUAUAUCACAGAAAAUAACAGUGUGGUCGUUAACUCAUUUCAAGGACAGUUCAAGAGCACUAUUGUGUGUUCCGAGUGUAGCCAUAUCUCAGUGACAUUUGAACCGUUCAUGUAUUUAUCUUUACCUAUACCUAGAGCCUUAGAACGACAAAUAUGUAACGAGGUGUUGGAUGAACAGAAUCCCUGGUACUGUCCCCAGUGUCGUAAAAACCAAUGUGCUAACAAGAGAAUGACAGUCUGGCGCUACCCUGAUACUCUUAUAGUUCAUCUUAAACGAUUUGUCUUUCAUGAAUUUUCUAGUACUAAAAUAGAUAAUCCUGUGAUAUUUCCCCAGAAAAAUCUGGAUUUAACAGAUUUCUUGUCCGGACCUAAAAAUACUGAUCUACAGUAUGAUCUCUAUAGUGUCGUCUGCCAUUUUGGGGGCUCUAACUCUGGCCACUAUACAGCCUACUCUAAACACCCGAUCUAUCAGGAAUGGUUUUACUAUAACGACGAGACGGUCACCAAACAAACUCCUAAACAUGAUGAAUACAGCAGUGGCUACGUUCUCUUCUAUCAGAAACAAGGUAAGAUGGCUGGCUGA